ACUACAUCUGUCAAAAUGCUGAUAAUAGGCUGAUAAUUCCAAAUUAGAUAGAAAGUCAACACAACCAUGAUUACCUCAAGAAAAACUUCAUUUACAGGAAAGUUGUUCUUUGCACUUCUAGUCUCUAAUUUGGUUUUGGUGAGAAAGCUGGUCUUGACCAACCCAAUCUGCACCCCGGGAAGCCUCCAAUGCCAAGUCCUACUCAGUGAUCUUUUUGACAGGGCAAUCAAAAUCUCACAUUAUAUCCAUUUACUCUCCACUGAAAUCUUUGAAGACUUUGACCAACAAUAUUCUCAGGGAAGGCAGUUACUGGGAAAUGUUUUGAACAACUGUCACACUUCCACUCUUAAUACCCCAGAAGACAAGGAACAGACAUUACAGUUGCAACACAAUGACUUGCUAAGCCUUGUACACCAGUUACUACGAUCAUGGAACCAACCACUACAGCACUUGACUACAGGGGCUCCAGAUCACAUGAUCAAGAAGUUAAAAGAGGCUGAGGAACAUACACAAGUGCUGCAAGGCGGAAUAGACAGAAUCUCUGGAAGGAUGCUGACUGAUCUGGAUGACUUUUACCCACCAUGGUUUGGCCCCAUUGAUGCUGCAGUGCCACAGAGAGAGUCUCAGAUGUUUGCUAUCUAUCAUUUGCUGCACUGUUUCCGUAGAGACUCUCACAAGAUUGACAACUAUCUGAAAAUCCUGAGAUGUCGCAUGAUACAUGCCAACAGCUGCUAGGGAAAGUACUAUGCCUCUUAUAGCUGAACCCCGGGAUGUAACACAAAAAUAACCUUGCAGUGGGACCUUCUUGCACUGCAAAUGUGAAAUGUAUUAUUUCUAGGAGGUAGUGGAAGAUGAUCUAUUAUGUACCAUAUUCCCCAUUCCAGCAGGCCCCAGCACUAUCCUCUCCCUGAAGCUCCCUGUGGAAGCCUGCUGGAGGGCAGAAUAAAGUAAGUACUUCACCUUUUUCCAGCACCCCUAGACAUGAGGAACAGUGUGGAGGUGGGGGGGAAUUACCACAGCAAGGGUUAUUUUAUUUCCUCUUGGAGUUACUACAAACAUAACAUAUUGUUGGGAAGACACAAGCUUAUACAUUGGUAUAACCAGCCAGUUCCACAGUAGUUACAUGCUCACCAUGUACAAGAUAAUAUUCCAUGUAAAAUAAAGAAACAUAUUAUAAACAUGUA